AUGGAGCAACUUGGAGAGAUAGGAGAGGUGUUGGGAAGCAUAAGAGCCUUAAUGGUGUUCAAGGACAACAUUCAUAUCAACCAGCGUCAAUGCACUCUAUUACUCGACCUCUUCACCGCCACAUACGACUCAGUUUCCGAAUCCAUGAGACUAAACCUACGUUUUGGAGAGAAGAACACGUCCAAAUGGAAGAUUCUCGAACAGCCCUUGAGGGAGCUUCUAUGUGUGGUACGAGAAGGGGAGGCUUACGUUAGGUUCUCUUUAGAGCCUAAACUAGGGUUUUGGGCUAAAGCUGUUUUCUUACAACACAACAAAGAUUGCACCGAGCUUCACGUUCAUAACCUGCUCUCUUGUGUACCCAUCAUCAUCGAGGCUAUAGAGAUGGCGAGUGAGGUUUCAGGGUGGGACGAACAAGAGAUGAACAAGAAGAGGCUGGUGCAUUGGAACAAGUAUAUGAAGCAAUGGAACGACUCUCAGAUGUUUGCAUGGAAGUUCGGGAGAGAGUAUUUGGUGACCGAGGACUUGUGCAGCCGGUACGAGAGUGCUUGGAGAGAGGACAUGUGGCUUCUAACGCAAGAGCUUCAAGAAAAAAGGCGUCCCGGUUCAAGCAAACAAGACAGGAAGAUGGCUGAGUUCCUUUUGAAGAAUCUUGGAGAUGGUAACGAGCUGUUUCCAUCUUCUAUUCUGGUCAGCUCGAAGAGAUUAGGUAAUGGGAGUCAGUGCAAGGAGAUUACAUGGUUAGGUGAAAGCUUUGCGCUUAGGCAUUUCUUUGGAGACAUCGAUGCUCUGCUUCCUCAGGUCACUUCAUUGCUAUCUCUUUCACACCCAAACAUUGUGUAUUACCUUUGUGGAUUCGCUGAUGAGGAGAAGAAAGAGUGUUUCCUGGUUAUGGAACUGAUGAGUAAAAGCCUUGGGACGCACGUCAAAGAGGUGUGUGGUCCGAGGAGGAAGAACACACUCUCCCUCCCUGUCGCGGUUGAUCUGAUGCUUCAGAUAUCACGUGGCAUGGAAUAUCUCCACUCAAAGAGAGUGUACCACGGGGAGUUGAAUCCAUCUAACAUUCUACACGGCAAGAUUUGUGGGUUCGGGUUGAGUUCUGUCAAGGGCUUCUCCUUUAAAAGUGCUUCUUCGAAUGAGAGUUUUCCAUUCAUAUGGUAUUCCCCUGAAGUGCUAGAGGAGCAGGAACAGGGCGGAAGCAGCCUUAAGUACACCGAGAAAUCUGAUGUGUACAGCUUUGGAAUGGUUUGCUUUGAGCUUCUAACAGGUAAAGUACCGUUUGAGGAUAGCCACCUUCAAGGAGAUAAAAUGAGUAGAAACAUUAGGGCUGGGGAGAGACCACUUUUCCUGACCAAAAGAUGCUGGCACGCUGAUCCGAAUCAGCGUCCAUCUUUCUCGUCCAUAAGUAGAGUUUUGAGAUACAUCAAACGGUUUUUAGCUUUGAACCCGGAAUGUCAGCAAGACACGCUUGUCUCUCCUCCUGUGGAUUACUGUGAGAUAGAGACUAAGCUGUUGAAGAAACUCUCAUGGGAAAAAACAACAGAGUUAGUUCAAGUUUCACAGGUUCCUUUUCAGAUGUUUGCAUAUAGGGUGGUGGAACAGGCGAAGACUUGUAAGAAAAACAAUCUCCGAGAGACAUCAGAAUCAGGUAGUGAAUGGGCUUCGUGUAGUGAAGAUGAAGGUGGGGGUGGAUCAGACGAGCAGGUGUCAUCUGAGAAGGAAAGGAGGCUUUCAUGCUCAAAUGAAGUUGGUAUGAGGAAGAAGAAGCCUGUUUCAAAAAGAGCUUCUGGCCUGAAACCAAUUCAGAAACCAGGAACUCCUAGAGUAAGAUCAAGGCAUCCCCCAUUGAGCCCAUGUGGGCAAAGUAUGAGAACGCACUCUGAGAGUCAACUGAUAGUGUUGAGUCCAAAGAUACGGCGUUCAAGCUCCGGUCAUGUCUCUGACUCUGAGCUUUCCUAG